AUGAGUACCACGGAUCCUACCGGGGAGGGUGGAGGAGGGGGAGGGGGAGGAGAAAGCGCUACAACGACAAACGUCGAGCAGUCUGCAUCCCUAAACACGCCGAUCACCGGCACCUCCGUACCGGUGCAGACGGCCGCUCAACAGCAACCGCAACAACAUCCGCCACCGUCGCCCUUGAGUGGCUGCUACCUUCUCGUGGUGCUUCCUGAGCCUCAUACCGCACAACAUAAGGAUCUCAUCUUGAAUCGCCUCGCGAAAGGUUUUCUAUCAUGGGACAAGGACAGUUGUCACGUAGAUCUGGAGAAGGAAUUAUUGGCCUUAGUAGCGCAAGCCCCCGAAGGCGAAGAAGCCAGAAAUGGCGAAAGAUUGAUCCAAUAUGCCACCGAGAACCUCGUAACGGAAGUUCUCAUUCAUCCACAGACGAAUACAUUAUUACAGUGUAUUCGUAAUCUCCUAGCAAGCUUCACGAAACAUCGGCACAUCAUACACGCUGGAUAUACAUUCGGUGGUAAUGGUUCCUGGAUACUGCAGGAUGGAACCUUCAGUCUCGCAGACUUUCUGGAUGCGUUCAGCGAACAUGAGGUGCAAAGAGUUCUUCGUGCCUAUGAAAAUAGCGUUACCGUAGAUAUACAUUGUGCAGGUGUCGGCGAUUGGACGACAAAUCGAUUGUCGAAAGAAGCUUGUUGCAGAUCAUGCAGAGUCAGAGUGAAUCCCGAUGAUGUUCUCACAGCCGGCGUACCGGCUAUCAUGAGUUUUACGAAUUACAUUGGACAGUACCUCGUGUCGCAAACACUGGACCAGCUUAUGGAACCGUCCGACGUCGUUGGAAACAUUAGAUUUAGUCAUCCUACCUUAUACGUCUUCCCCGGUGGGCAAGGUGAUGCCGCUCUUUUCGGUAUAAAUGGCUUCAAUAUGCUCGUCGACGGCGGCUUUGCUAGGAAAGCAUGCUUCUGGGAUUUCACCAGGCAUCUAGACCGAUUGGAUGCUGUUCUAGUCACUAGGAUAAAUAAUAGUAACAUCGGCGGCAUGUUUAGCGUUCUUCGCAAGAAGAAAGAGAUGCAAGUCUAUCCUCAGAUCGGCCAUUUCUUCUGUAACUUAGUCGAAAGAAGACAAUCAAAUUCACCCGAUGGCGAUAAGGACAUCGAUCCGCUCAUUUUCAACCUCACUGACAUUGGUCAAGAAAUGGUGGUGAAUCUUCGACAUAUUAAUCUUCGCGCUCAUCCUUGCUACAGAGAUCCUGAUCCAAUCAAUCUCUAUCACAAGGUGGGCCAUGGCACAUUGGAUAUGUACGUGCUCAGCCCGAGCAAGGACACUCGCGAAGUGCGCGAGUUCCUGGCGAAGUGGCAUACGUCAGAUUCGAAGCUGUUUGCAGGUUCUCACAAGAAAGAUUCGAACAAUCUCACAUUCCCGAUCCAGAAUCUCGUGUCGAUAUGUGCGCUUCUAGUUUGGCAACCGGCCAAUCCCGAGGAUCAUAUCACGCGGAUUCUUUUUCCCGGCAGUACGCCGCAACAUAAGAUCUUUGAAGGUUUCGAACGAUUAAAACAUCUGGAGUUUCUGAAGCACCCAGUAUGUUCAGCGAAGACUCUAUCACCAUCAGUAUCUCUAGCAACGCUCAGAGAUAAGCCAACCAAGCAAAAACUUAGUCUUAUCGAGAAGGAGCCCAAGAAAAUUUUUGAGCCAAAGAAAGAGAAGAGAGAACCGUCGGAGCCCAAAUCCAUCAAGGCCGCAGACGAGACUGUACCUAAGGGUAUCACACAAUCGACACCUAUUAUACCUACUAGUAAACCUAAGACCGAAAUGAAGACAAAGAAAGUUAUGGAAAAUAAGAAAAUCGAGAUUGAGGCAAAAGAAAGUAAGAAAAUUGAAAAAGAACUGAAAGAAGUGAAAAAGGAGCCCAAGAAAGAACCAAUUAAAAUGGAGAAAUCUGAAAAACGAGAAGAUGAUAUAAAAAAAAUUUAUUUAAUCAAAUCAGAGCCUGAGAAAAUCAAAGAAUCUAAGGAACCUAAGGAACUAAAGCCUAAGCCUGAACCAAAAAAGAAAGAACUAAAAGAGAGCAAAGUGAAAGUUGAAUUGAAGAAAAGCGAAGUAACUCCGAAGCCGAAGUUGAUUGAGAAAAAAACUAAACCUUUCGGUUCAGAGAAAAGAGACGCCGUGAAAUCCUCCCCGACUACUCCGAAGAAGACUCUAAACGGUGCUGCAACAAAGACAGAGAUAUCGAAAGCUGUGCCGAAGGUGAAACCGGCGGUCAAGGUUGCUCCAAGUCUUCCAGCCAAGAGUGCUAAGGAAGCUAACAACAGGAAAGUGGUGGAACAGAAGAAAUCUGAGGUCGAGAAGUCCGCCUCGAAGGAUUCUGCGGCGCCCGUUGUCAAGGUAACCGCAAAACCUAAACCAAUGGACAGAAAGCCGAUCAGUCGUCGUGCGAAACCGGUUAGUCCCAAUAAAGCUCGUAUGCCGGGUAGUCCGGCGAAAUCUACUCGUAGUACUCCGACCGCUUCUGUAAAAUCCGACAAAGACGGUGUUAUUCGUAAAGUGAAGGGCGACAAAGGCACUACCGAUUCAUCCACGGUCUCCACUCCAUCUGGCAUAGAAUCAGAAGUGGUAAAACCGAUUGAUAAGAGUUUAAUUGAACAAUCUGAAGAUAUAUCACUAGAUUCAAUAGAAAGUAAAGUGUUGGCAGAUCUCAAGGAAGAGCGAGAGGUAGUUGAGGAAAUUGAAGCUGUUUUACAGAAGGCGGAAAGAAUCGAAGAGAUUCGAAAGGACGAUCGUUUUGAGGGUGAUGAUGAAAUCACGGCUGAAGCAAUUGAUAAAAAGGAGGAGGAUAUCACAGAAGAGGAUGUUACCGCUGAGAUUGAAGAUGUACCUAAGAAAGAAGGUUCUAGAAAAGAAAGUCAGGAAUUGACUGAAGAGGAUGAAUAUCUUAUCGUAGAGAAGGAAGAAGUUUAUACCGAAGAUUCUGCUCAGAGUGGCGAAGGCGAACAAAAGCACGUUCUUGACGAAGCUCAGUCGGAAAAGGCAAAAAUAUUAAAAGACGUGGAGGCGAUGAAGGAAAAAGGCGAGAAAGAGGAACCUGAAGAGAAGGGAAAAGAUGACAGCCCGGAAAAGAAAGUAGAAAAGAUUUUGGAUAAAGGAGAGAAAGACAUCGCUGGGUUAUCUUCAGAACAUAAGGAACAGUUACAGGAAGAAGUAAAAGAGAUAAUAGCAUCUGCAGCCGAAAUUGUACAGAAAGCCGAAGAGAAAGACGACUCCGGUAAAAAAGACAGCGAGGACAUCACGAAAGAGCCAUCUAGUUUAAGUCCAGAUAAAUUAGAUUCAUCGGAGAAAAAAACAACCGAUACGGACAUGAAGCCGGAUGUCGAUCAGAAAGAGAAUGUUCUCGAAAAGAUGGAAGAAUCUCAGGAGCGAAUCUCAACAAUAGAAUCGGGGGCCACUACAACUGCUCCAACUUUGCCAGAAGACGAGCGAAUACCGUUGGACGAAAUAAAAGAAGAUAUUGACGAAAAACAUGUUAUAGAAGAAGUAAAAGAGAAGGAUGCUCCUGCAAAGCUGAAAAAGGAAGUUAUUCCUGAAACUGUUCCUGUGGCUGCCAAGCCAGAAGUCAAAGUAUUUGAUGUUCGUCAGACGAUGCCGAAUUUGCAAAGAGACAUUGUUAAAACACCAGACGAGGUCGCCGAUCUUCCGGUUCAUGAAGAAGUCGAUCCUAAGCUUUACAGGAUGGAAGAUUUCGAGAAGGGAAAAGAGCAGAAGUUAUCGCCAACUGCGCAAGAAGAUAAAGAAUCGCCUACUCCGCCUACAAAAGAGCAGAAAGGUGUUUUUAGUUUCUUUGGCAAGGUAGCGGAUAAAUUUGAAAAAGGUAUCGAUAAAUUGACCAAGAAAAAGAAAGAUUCUGAGAAGGAUUCCGACGAAAAAUCUUCCUCAAAAUCGAGUUCUCCAAAAGAACCAAAAGUGCAAGAGAAAACGCGUUUGGAAGAGGUUGAUAUGGAGAAGAUGUUCCCUAAAAUUAGUAAGCCCGUUGACAAACCCGAGACAUUCGAAGAGGCGGAACCCACGAUUGUUGACGUGAAAAUAGCUACCAUCAAAGAUAUCGCAGCGUUUAUAGAGCAAGAAUUACUGGACACAGAAAGGAAGAGUGUAUCGGAUAUCGAAGAAAAACUUCCUGUUGAUAAGUCAGAUGAAAUUAAAAAAAUAGAAGCUAAAAUCGAGGAAUCAUUCCUUGUAAAGGACGUAUCAAGUGCUGUUUCGUCAAUAAAACCAGUUGAAGACAAGGAAAUUGCGAAAGAGAUUGAACUUUUGAAAGAAGAAGAUAUCGGAGAGGAUGUAGAAGAGGUAAAGGCACUUUUGGAGGAAGCUUCGAAAAAAUUCAAAACCGUGAAAGAUAGUUUACGAGAUUCAUUGGAAUCUUUGGAAGACAAAAUUAAAGAAGAAAUAGCUGAGAUACACGAAACGCCAUCUACCCUGAAAGAUGUAGUAAAGGAUACUUUGGAAGGGGUGGCUGAGAAAUUGGAAGAAAUAAAGCCACAUAUCGAAAGCCACUUGCCCGAUAUAAAAGAACCAGAGAAGGUCAAGUUUGCUAUACCAAAAGAUGAAGAAUUCGAAGAGGAAUAUGAAGAAGAAAUAAAGGGUCCAUAUAGAGACAUGAAAGAAGCUGUUAGAGAUGUCGGAGAAGUUCUUGCUGGCACUGCCGGUAUCGAGCUCGAAGAUAAACCUAAGGAUGUCAUAGAAAUUGUGAAGAAAGUCGCCGAGGUUCUCAGAGAAGACGAUUUUCUUUCCGAAAAAGCAUUAUAUGAGCAAGUUCCUAAAAAAGAAGAGAUUCCACCUAUUUCAACGGACAGAAAAUCAUCGAAAGACGAAAUUUCCCCAAUUUUGGCGGAAAGAAAGUCUUCUAUACCGAGUGAAAAAAUAUCUCCAGACGAGGUUGUUAAAUUAGGAGAAGAGAAACUCAAACUUGCUCACGAGGAUAUUGUGAUACCAAAGAAAGCUGAUGUAUUUCAUGAAGAGCUUGGGAAAUUUGGGAAACCCGACAAACUUCCAUAUGAGAAAUCUGGCGCUAUCGAGGUAAAGGAAGAACUUUGUGUAAAAGUGGUAAAGGAAAAGGACGAUAUAGUAACAUCGCCUGUGAAGGAUGUAACGAAGGAUAAACGGGAUGCGCAAAAAAUUUGUGAAGAGAUGUUAAAGGACGAUCAACAUAUUUGCAAUCAACAUAAAAAGCCGGCGGACGAUGAUACAUCUCGGGUAGAUGUGAUGCAGGCUGGUAUCGAAUGCGUAUGCGUGAAGGAAGUUGCGAAACGGCCAUCUUUUGAGGAGAAACUGGGAGACGAGAUAGAGGAAUCCGUGAUCGGCUUUGAGCAAAAGGUUUCACCGGCGAAGGCGGAAAUAGUGAUGGUAACCCCCGGUUCUACGCCAACUUCGCCGAAAUUCGUCACUGACAAGAUGUAUGACGAAGGAUUGGAAAUUGGUUAUCGUGAGUUGCCGGAGGAUAUCGAACAAAUUCUCAGCAGGGAAGUGCCCGUUGAAGAAAUAAUUGAGGAAUUAAUUAUCACGAAAAAGAAAAAAGUCACUAUCGAAGUAAUCGAAUAUAUCACCGUAACGAAGCACAUCCCGAGAGAACGCGUGAUUUACAUUAUCAAAGAGAUUAUCACAAAGAAGGGACUUUCCAGAGAAAGUGUGACAGACGAUCUCGAGAUUCUGAGGCUGAAGGAAUCUAUUACACUUGAAAAGAGAAUGGAAAUUGAAGAAUAUAUCUUUAACGAAUAUAUCGCCAAAGGAAAACAAAUUACUAUAGAAAUCGUUCAGGAAAUCUCGAUUAAAAAAGUUGUGCCCAAGAAGAUAGUCAUCGAAAUUAUUGAAGAAAUCAUUGUUAAAAGAAAACUUGUCAGGCAUAUGAUACUAAACGUUCCUGAAGAAGUAUUAACAGAAAUAAUUCAAGAGAAAUCGCCAGAAGAAUCGCUAGAAGAAUCGGCAGAAGAGCAGAUAACAGAGGAGCAGAAAAUAAAUAUAACUACGAAACAAGAAUCCGCUGCUGAAGCUCCAAUCGGACAAGAACUGACCGCUAAAUGCGUGCAUUAUAUUGAGGAAUUUAUUUUUAAUGAGUGUGUUAUUAAGGAAAAAAAGAUUACCGCAUCAACAAUUGACGAAAUUUCUAUUCAAAUGGCAGUGCCCAAGCAAAUCAUUAUCAAAAUUAUCGAGGAAAUUAUUAUUAAAAGAAAAAUUCCCAGAAAUGCGAUAUUUGAGAUUAAUGAGGAAGAAUUAUUAUCUAAAACGACACCUGAGAACGAGAAAGAAAAAUUAGUGGCUGAGACACCUAGCGUUCCAGAGACAGAGAUUCCAGAAAAGAAAUCGAUAACUUCGCAAAAAAGAGCGGAAGUUGAAGAAUAUAUUAUGAAUGAAUAUGUUACCAAGGGAGAUAACAUUAAUAUUAAAAAACUUGAAGAAAUAUGUGGUAAAAAGAAGGUGCCUAAGAAAAUCAUUAUUGAGAUUAUCGAAGAAAUUAUCAUUAAAAGAAAGAUACCGAGACAUACAAUACUUAGUGUUACCGACGAAGAAUUAUCGCGCAUUAUCAAGGAGGAAGCGAUUUCAGAGUUGCAAGUAUUGACUGAGAAGACGAAAUCGGUGGCAGAAAUGCCCAGCACCGAAGAGAAAAAAAGUCCAAUUGAGUUAAGAAAAGACAAGAAAGAGGAUGUGCUUGAGCAAGAAAUGAGCGCUGAAGAGGAGUUAUCGGCCACAUCCGAAGAGGAGGACAUCGAGGAGGAAGUGGAUGGAUUUGUUAGUAUACCCAGAAGAAUUUCCGAUACGGUUGACACAAAAAAGAAAGCGAUUUCAGAGAUUUCGUCUUCAGUUACGAAAGAACAUGAGAAAGAUGUGAUUGACGACUUUGAAGCUGUCGAGCAGGAAUAUAAAGUACGCAAUGUACCAAUUACGUCUCCUGAGAAAGCGAGCGAGAUGAAAGAAAAAGAAGACAUUGAAGAAUCUGUAGAAGAUACUAUGAGUGAAGUGAUCGAAGCAGACGAGAAGUUCGUGCAAGAAACUAAAGGAAAGAUGGGAAUAGAAGAGCCUCAGAUUGCAAAGGAUAUUAAACCAAUUGAUAGGAAAGGGAAAACUGAAGAACAAGAAAUAUUCGAAACAUCAGAAAUUGUCGAUACUGUUGAAAAAUAUUUAGACGAGGCUAAGGAAAAGACGGAUGACAUUCUUCAGAAAGAGAUUGCCACGACAUUGACGCCAUCAAUUUCCAAAGCAGACAAGUCUUUAAUCGAAGACUCAAGCAAGGAAACACCUAAAGAUUCUUCUGAUAAGCGAUCAUCAAUUGAUAUAGCAGAUAUUUCUAAAUCAAUUAUACCAAGCUCAAAGGUAAUUGAUGAGAAAACAACAGGCUUCAUACAAGAGCCAAAAAUAGCAUUACUUGAAGAUGAUAAAAGAUUUAAACCGUUAGAGACCACAGAAAUUAAAGAAGCUCUAGUAACUAAGGAAGAGAAGAACCUUCAAGAAACAUUAUCAGCAAGUAUACCAAAACCAUUUGACGAAGGCACUGUCAAAAGAAUGCUUGUUACAGCAUGUAGCGAGGAUGGCAGAGAAGAAACUGAGAUUUGUCCAAGCGGCAGUAUAACUUUUACAAAGACCGUUACACCAGAUGAUUCCCUUAAAGAUGUAUCUGUUAAAUCUACACCAGAUAAAGAUUCAUUACUUUUAGACAAAGACUCCCACUCAGGCAUAACUACUCCCGAGAAAGAUAGUAUUUCUGAAAAAUCUGCACCAGAAGGUAAGGAUAAGAUUACUCCAGAAGACAGCUUGGAAAAAUCACCUGCUGGUCCUCGUGAUUCACAGGAUCUUGAAGACAGUUUGGAAAAAUCAGAAUUGCAUAAGUCAAAGGUAUCAGAUAAAAUUGUCGAAAAAGAUGUACCAAAGUCGCCUAAAGAAGAACGAGUAGAACCGAAAUCUUCCACUAAGGAAGAUGCAGGAAAGAUCGAAAAAGUGAAAUCUCCAGCUGAAGAAAAAAUCGAGAAACCUAGUUCUCCAGUUGAAAAAAUCGAAAAAUCACGAUCUUCUUCACCUUUUGAUACAACAACGCAGAAAUCUCUGAUAGAAUUAGCUGAAAAACCAAAACUUCCAAUCGAGAAGGUGCUUCCAGAAUCUAAGAAAGAAGGAACGAUUGGUGUUCCAAAAACACCUGAAUCGCUCCAUUCAGAGGACAUUUCACCAGCUGAGACAAUUUUCUCGAAAUCACCUACAGAUAAACCUGAAAUGUACUUUGCAAAGGCACCUAUUACCGAAGAAGACGUUGCUGUCAAAGAAGACAAAAAAUUGCCUGAAUCUAUUAAAGAAAUUAAAUCGGCUAUAGACGAAGAAUUACCAAUAUCUUUAGAAAAAUCCGAUCAAGAUAUUAAAUCUCUCGAUAAAUCCCCUAGUAUUUUAAGUGAUAAAGUUGAUGAGAAAAAAACUGAUAAGUUGAAAUCGUCUAGUAUUAUGGAGAAAGAAACAGUAAGUGAAAAGUUGCCUAUUUUCGAGAGUGAACAUUAUGAUGAAACGGGACCAAUUGACGAAGCUAGAUCUCCAAGCGCGAUUAGUGAUAAAUCUGAUGAGAAGAAGGAGACCGAACGUUCAAAGUCACCAAGCAUAGACGCAGAAAAACCGGACCUUCAAGAUGUGACGGAACGUUAUUUAGAGAAACCAAAAUCCCCUAUUUUUGAUAGGCCAGAUUCGCCUAAAGCUAUUGAUAAGACUGAAGAAUCACAUGAUAAAGAUAGAUCUCCCAGUGUAGCUAGUGAUAAAUCAGAUAGCAAGAAAGUAAGUGACCGUUCUAGAUCACCAAGCGUUUCUGUAGACAAAGUAGAUUUCGAGAGAACCCGAUCGUCUAGUGCCACAAGUACUAAAGAUGACAAACUGGAGCAGUUUCCAGUAGCGAAAUCAUCCGAAGUACCAAAAGACGCAUUGAAAUCUCCGAAACUUGAAGAAGAUAAAUCGGAUUUGAAAGAUAUAAUGCAACCUCCGUUAGACAAAUCACGAUCAUCGAGUGUAACAAGCGGCAUUAGCGAAUCUAAAGAACCAGGUCGUUCAAAAUCACCCAGUAUUGCCGAUGAAAAACCGAAUAUGAAAGAUGUUACGGAAAUACCGAUGGAAAAGUCAAGAUCUUCGAGUGUUAUCAGUGUUACGAGCGAGCAAAAAGAAUCAAUUGAUCGCUCAAAGUCUCCGAGCAUUGCAGGGGAAAAAAUAGACUUAAACGACGUUGCAGAACCUAUAGAUAGGUCGAAAUCGCCAAGCGUAACUGGAGAAAAACCAGAUUUAAAGGAUGUCACUGCAGAGAAAUCGAUAUCUUCUAGUAUUACAGGAGAACAGAAGGAAUCGUUUGAUCGUUCUAAAUUUCCGAGUAUUGCUGGAGAGAAAUCGGAUUUAAAGGAUGUCACAGAACGAUCCGAUGAAAAAUCAAAAUCAGCUACCAGGAUGAGUACGACUGAUCCUAAGGGCCUCGAAGAUCGAUCGAAAUCGCCGAGUAGUACUGAUCUAACAGAUAUUACAGAACAAUCGUCACUGGAUAAGUCAAAGUCGCCUAGUGUCACGAGUAUUACGUCUGAUCAGAAAGAAUCAGUGGAAAAAGCAAGAUCACCAAUUCUGGAUAAGAAGGAAGAGCCGGAUAGGAGCAAAUCUCCAAGCAUAACAAGUGAAAAAUCUGAUGAGAAGAAAUCUAUCGAUGGCUCGAAAACGACCAGUAUUACAGAGGAAAAACCGGAUCUUAAAGACGUAAUGGAACUACCAGCCGAUAAAUCCAGAUCAUCAAGUGUUGCGAGUGAGAAAGCGGAAUUAUUUGGAAAAUCAAUAUCGCCUGUUUCUGACAAAUUAGAACCACCUGUUGAUCGAAGCAAAACUCCCAGUGUUGCUAGUGAUAAGUCCGAUGAGAAGACAUCGGAUGACAAGGGUAGUGUUAAAGAACAUUAUGAAAGUGCUGAUAAUAAAUCUCCGAGUCUCUUUGAUGUGAAAAUACCGCACGAAAAAACUAUGGAAGAGAAACCUUCAACAGUUUCCGAAAAAACGGAUGUUAAGCCAGACGAUAUUGUAUCGCACGACAGACCGGUAUCUCCAAGUAUCGUUUUUGAUAAGCCGGUAGACAAUAAACAGCCAAUAGAAAAAAUGGAUGUUGACGGAUUGAAAACAUCCGGCAUAAUCGGCGAUCCAGAUUUUGUCGAUAAGACAAGAUCAUUAAGCAUUAUCAGUGAUAAGACGGAACCAAAAUCACCAUCCGAUGUCUCGAAGUCACCAAGUUUAGCCGACGAUCAAAAGGAUAAGUCUAGAUCAUCCAGUGUUGCUAGUGAGAGGCUUGAUGAUAUUAAAGUUUCGCAAAUACUAGAAGCAAAGAAGGAACGAUCAAUUUCGCCGAGUUCGGAUACCGGAAAGGUCCCGAAAGAUGAAUCUACUAAAUCGUCUCGAGCUAGUUCACCAGUGGAUAAAACUCCGAAGGAUAGAUCACGUUCGCAAAGCGUUUUCGAUGCUGGUGAGAAAACACCGGCCAGUAGAUCUAGAACAGCCAGUUUAUUCGAUGACAAAUUAUCAGAAAAGUUACUUCCUCAAGAGGAAAAGCGUUUCGAUAUGGAAAAACCACUUGAUGAGAAGGAUGAAUGUAAGAAAGAUAGUAAGAGUCCUACAACUUCUCCCGAGACAAUCGAGAAAAAGAUGCAGAAGAUACGCGAGAAACGAUUUGCUGAUUUUAAAGAGCCGGACGUCGGACAAUCGAGCAAGAUAGAGAAAUUAUAUGAUGAGGAAGAAGAUAUCGUUAAAGUGACAGCCGAGAAGAAAGCGGAGAUCGAAAAGUAUAUCUUAGAUGAGUUUAUCGUGAGGAAAAGAAAGAUCAGUCUGUCGGUGAUCGAAAGAUUAGUUAUGAUGUAUUCAGUGCCCCAGUUUAUAGUAAUGGAGAUAAUAGAAGAUAUUAUUAACCAGCAAAAUGUGCCUAGAAGCGCAGUAUUUGAUUUCGUAGAUGACGAAGCCUUCUCCGAGCCUCAAUAUGGAAAAGAAUCCGAAGCGGAACCGCUAGUGCAGCAACAAAAAGCGAAGGUAGAAGCAUAUAUUAUUGAGGAAUUCAUUAUGAAGAAAAAGAAGAUCACGCCGGAAGCCUUGGAAGAAAUGGUUAUUGUUAAAUCUGUGCCGCGAUGUAUUCUCAUCGCAAUUAUUGAAGAGAUCAUUGUCCAGGAAAAAAUACCUAGGAACACUGUAAUUGAAGGCAACUUAGGAGAACCGGUAGAAAAAGAUCUGGAUAUUUCUAAAAAAAGAGAUCAGCCAGCUAGCGUAGAUUUCGGAAAGAUUACUCAAGAAGACAUUCAUAGUCAUGAAAGAUCAGGCGACACUACGAAGGGUGAAAGUCUGGAUGGCAAGAUAUCUCCUGCUGUGAGCGAUCAAUAUGGCAGGGAUUCAAAAGCGGCACUUUCUGCUAGUCCCAGCUCAAGUCCGGAACCUUUUCCUUCCGAUAAAUCAACUCAGGAUAGUCCAGCUCGAUCAGAGCCGCAUAUAGAUGAGGAUAUUCUUAUAUCGGAAGAGAAGCGAAUGGAAAUCGAAAAGCUUUUGGAGGAAGAAUAUAUAAAGAAAGGAAAGAAAAUCACGGAAGUGAUACUCGAAGAGAUAAUCAUCAUGACUUCUUUACCCAGGUAUAUUAUUUUAGAAAUCGUGGAGGAAAUUAUAUUAAAGAGGAAGAUUCCAAGAGAAUCUGUAAUUGAUGUGGAAAUUUAUCAAGAGGAAGAACCAGAAGAUGACUAUGAUAAGGCAAUGUAUCACUAUGAGAGAACAACGGACGCAGAUUACGAGCUGCCACAUGAUGCCAGGGAUAUUUAUCCGGCAUCGGAGCAACAGUUGGACAAAUCCGAUUAUCCACCGGAUUAUGAGAGUCAAUUUCACAAGGCCUUUGUUGGUGGUAUGACGGAGAUGCGUACAACACAUAUAACCACGUUGUCUGGAAAAUCGACUCCGGAAUUUACACAUGAUGCGACUUCUAGAAUCGAACCAAUUGGUAAAGUGCCUGAAAAGUUAUCGGAAUCUACUCUGACCACGACUCACAUAACGAGAACGGAUAUGGAAGACACGAAGACUGUGCAACCUACUCAAAACGUUAUGAUAUUGAGAGAAAGCAAGAUCACGGAAACUAUCGAUAAAGAUAAACCUGAAGAAACUGCGGGAAUUUCGGCGACAGUUACAUUCGGUGAUCAUCCGGUUAAAUCGGAUGGCGGUGCUAUUAUAAGUAAGACGACAAUCAAACACGAAGUGAUUGGAGAAGAGGAAUCUAGGAAGACAACUGAAGUCAUGAAAGGAAUCGAACCACAAGAAACAAUCAAAGAAAUUAAACAGUCGAGUAUUCAACAAGAUAAACCUGAAGUGAUUACCAAGAUCAUCCAAAAAGAAAUCAUGGAAUAUGACGAGCCAGAAGUAGUCACUACAGUUGUAAAACGCGAAAUUAUCGAGCAAGACGAACCUGAAAUUAUCACAAAAGUGAUCAGACGCGAGAUUGUCAUACCUGACGAAGAAACUGACGACUUGAAAAAAGAUUCUGAUGAAUAUGUGAAGACCAUUACAACAAGAACAACGCGAACAAUCGUGACAGAGGAAUUAGCAGAUGCUGAAUUAGCGCAAACUGAUCCUUCGAAAACUUAUACAGAUCCUACUUCAGGUACAACUUACAAGGUUGUGAGUAAUGAAGAUGUGUCUGACACAGCCAGCGCUGAUGUAAAGCAAGUCGUGACAACCGUGACCACGAUUACCGGACCGGACGGAAAAGUUGUCACGAAGACAGACGUCAAAGAGAGUACGGACACAUUGGCUGGCGAGGAAUUAUUAGAAAAAUUGACGGAAAGUACCAAACCUGCGGAAAAGAUCAUCAAAGAAACGAUUACGACUGUGACAUCGGGCACUACAACACCCGAUGUAAAAGCUUUAUAUUCCGAUUCCGGUAAAUCGACACCUGAAUUCAAACAUGAAGCUAAACUUGAAUCUACAAUAAAAGAACGCUUAGACACAGACAAAUUCGAGCAUCCAGUGUCUCCUUUGAUACGAGAACUUAUAUCUGAUGACAAGAGUUAUUCGGGUAAGUCUUCGCCAGAUAUAUCGCUGCCCAAGGACAUCGUCUUCAGUGGCAAGUCUACGCCAGAGAUUCCUAUGUCGCCGUUGAUCAGAGACGGCGCUGUAAUUCAGCCUCAUGCGUCGGGUAGAUCGACACCUGAUAGAAGAUCCGACGGUCGAUCCUCAACGAGUACACCGGAAGGAUUUAGAUCAGGAGAGAUGAUUCGAACUAUCGUUACGACUACGAAGACAGUAUCUGACGAAGGUGAAAUAGUAACGACCACCAAGGAGGUCACAGAAACGACAAAUGAGAAGGGCGAGACAGUUGUGUUGGCAGAGAAGACUGAUGUGAAGGUAGACGAACGUUUGCCAAGCAAAGAUGCCGCGGAAAGCGCGAUCAGCAGUAUUAUUGGCAGUAUCAAGUCCUCGGAGUUGCAUCGUGGUGGCAGUUCCGGAUCUGAUGAUGUAACCAGUGAAAAGGAUCGUCCGGCAAGUCCACCGAGUGAACAUAGUAGUACACGUAGCAAAGUCAUGACACACCCAUGGGGUAGCAGCGAGGAGCGACAUACUUAUUCUGACGAUGAACCACCCAGUCCAUCUUUUUCCUCAACCUCGCAAGUCGGUUAUUCACCGCAAGCAAUACGUCGUUAUGAGUCAUCUUCUGAUAAGCAAGAGGAGCAGAAACAGGUGGAAUUCUCGGCGGCCGCGAUGAGCAGUAGCUUCUACGGUGAGCUGCCAGCGGUACCACCUCAAAUUUCUGCUAUGAAAACCUUCCACGGUGAGACUGGUAUGCAGAAGAGCAGCGAUCCCAUUCACAGUCGAUUCACAGUGGAAAAAGAGCCUGCCGGCGAUUAUGGUGAAAAACCAGAUGCGAAAAAAUACGUUGACGAGGCCGAUCUUGAUUUCGAUAAAGCUCUGAUGGAUAAAGAGAUGAAGGAGGCCGGAGGAACCUUCAACAGCGAAAUAGCAUCCAGGUACACGAACGGUAGUCUUCGACAUGAAGCAACCGACGAAAAAGACCAUCCAUCGUCUUCGUACCGGGAUGAUAAAGAUGAUUCAAAAGGUGAUUCGAAGAAAGAUCCUUUGGAGGGAUGGGGGACCCCUCUUGGGCUGCCGUCUCCUAAACCGCCCAAAAAGUUUAAUUUAAAGAACUCUGCUCAAUCUCCAUCGUGCUCAAGUGAAACAGCUUCCAAUACUCUGAAUUUUGAUGUUGUAAAAGAUUGGGGAGAACCUCUUAGGCUGCCUUCCCCCGCACCAGUGACCAAUGAAGUAUCGAACAAGGGAGCACCUAGUACACCGAAAAAGGAACGGAAACAAACGAAGAAAAUUCAAUCAGAGAACAUUAAGAACAAAAAACGUUCGGAAAGUCCCGGUAAGAAUGAGAAGAAGGUAAAAGAUUCAAAGAAUAAGGUUCAACCGGUUUACAUGGAUUUGGCGUAUGUACCCCAUCACGGAAAUUCGUACUACACAUCCUUAGAAUUCUUCAAGAAAGUGCGAGCGAGAUAUUACGUCUUUAGCGGUACCGAGCCCAGUCGAGAAGUCUACGACGCUCUAUUGGAAGCUAAAAAGACUUGGGAAGACAAGGAUCUCGAGGUAACCAUGAUUCCGACCUACGAUACCGAUACUUUGGGCUACUGGGUCGCUGAUAACGAGGAAGCGCUCGCGGCAAACCACAUAGAUUUAUCACCGUCCGCGUCCAGGUGUACUAUUAAUCUCCAGGAUCAUGAGACUAGUUGCAGCGCCUACAGGCUCGAGUUCUAGGGAUUGGCAGCCUGCUCAGCCGUAAUAGUCGAGUUCUGAGCGGCGUCCGGAAUGCGUUAUCAUCCUGCGUUUUCGGAGCCAUUUUUACAGGAGAAAAAGUUUAGAAAAAAAGAAGACAAAAAGAGAGUCGAGCGCUCAGGCCGACCUACCGUCCCGUCAGGUGAUUCCUGGCCCCCCUUCUAGGAGACCCGAAGACGAACAGCAUUUCGAAUUUUCGAGAUUCCCUCGCGGUCAUAGCUCCGCGGCCUAGCAGAAUCAUAGAAAUCCCGUCGAACAAUGUAGAGGCAGUCCCGAGGAAGUGAGGCCGAUUUUGUGUGAAUCGCGUUCAGAGGUCUCAAAUUGGGAUUGUUUAAUCUAAUUUAGGACGUUCUCCUUAUUCCUUCGCGAGGAGACGAUGCGGGCGGCGAGAAGAAAGAAACAGAGAAAUUAAGGGAGAGAUCGCGAGGGUUUCUUCUCUUGCACGGGGAUACAAGGUAUAAAUUAAUUAUUUACUUCUAAGAAGUCGAUUAUCAAUAGGGAGAAAUCUACGUUCGAUUAAGAUUCAUGUUGUGCCGAUAACAACGGCGCUCCUCAACGGAUGUUUAUAUUUCUACAUUCUGCACCGUACGCAGCCCGUAGUGCGCUUAUACCGCCUGCAAUAUCUUAUCGAUCACUGCUCAAGUCGAAGACAUUUUUGCGAAGAUUUGGCGCUGAAGCUAAAACAAGGCGGUGAUCGUGACGUUGCAUGAGCGACGAUCGAUUGUAAAUCUAUGACGGUCCGUAAGCGCUGCGGUUCUGUGACAAUCUGUGCGCUAGUUAUUGAAAAUUAUAAAUUGAUUUUUGGAUAUUUCUAUUUUCGAUCCACUGAACAUGGAUCGAACAAUCGAUGCCAGACCUCCUCGCUCGCAUUCUCUCCUCGAUCAGCAGAUCAAAGUAAAACUUUUAAUAUCUUUGACACAGCUGCCGCUUCAAGAGCACCGCGUAGUAUUUAGUGUAUCAAUUACAAAAAAAGAAGAAAAAAAAAAGAGAAGUUCUGCAUUUUAACUUACGUGGGGAGGCAUACAUUAGGCCUAUUCUUUAUCAAAAGAACUUUCUGAAUUGGUGCACAUGAUGUAGUAAGUUGAAGUGAAACAUAUUAUAUAUAUUUGUUUCACAUCGACUUAUUGCACCAGUGUGCACCAGUUCAUCGAUAAAGAACAGACCUAUUGGCCACGUUCUUCAGAAUUUCUUUUGCAAUUGUUAAAAAUUUUUUUCGAGCUUGGAUUAUACUUUUAUGUUUAAAGAAAUAGUCCUUUUCAACGAAGAAAAUUUGUAACAGUUGUAAAAUAAAUAUUCUGCUAAACAUGGCUAUGUGAAUGAGACAGAACGCGCGUUCGAUGGACGUGUAAUUGUCGGGGGGAUUUAUCGUUCGUGUCGUCGAUGGAUCGCGUAUUAUCCUUUAAUGGAAUACAUAAGAACAUGAGACACGAGGAGAACGAUCCACGUUUCACCCGCAAAAACAUUAUUAAACUUCGUUGUUACGUGACUAACGGUCCCCUUUCUCGUCGUAAAUGUCUAUUCGUGCAUAGGUAAAACGGAGCUAAAUUCCAUCGAGAAGUACUAGGGUAGGAGUUAUCUGUGUGUCGUGUUUCUAUAUCGUAGAGAAUAGAGAUACGCGGAGAGGAGUGAUGGUUACUUGAUAGAUUCGCUGUGUCGACCAUACACAGAUGACGCGGUGCGAGUUAGCCGAGGAGUCCGACGAGGAUAAUGCCGGAAGAGAUCUGUAGAACAUUUCGUUGUCGUAAGGAGAGUGCAGGUAAUAAUGACAUGUCCCAAAAAGUCCAUCCGACGAACGAACAAUUCGAUCAUUUCUUUAAAUUGCCUUUGAUUGGAGACUUUUGUUUUCUGAAGUUGUGACACGAACGGUACUUUAGAAAACAGCGAUUGUAGCACUGACAAUCUUUUA